AUGUCAAGAAGAUGGUACGACGGAAUUCAGCUGGAAGAGCUGGACAGAGGCCACAAUGACUUCAAAUACGUCGAGGGCAAAAUGCGGAACAGCAUUGGUCACAGCGACGUGACCAGCUACAACUUAAAAAAGGUUUUCCGCAUUAACAAUAAAUACACGUGGCCCCGGUACAAGAAGCGCCGGGGAAAGAUUUAUUGGGAAAUGGGAAGGCAGCAGUUGGUGGAGGAAAAGAGGCUGUUCCACGGCUCGCCCAAAGCGGACGUAAUCGCCAAACAGGGAUUCGACCGUGGAUACGCCAAGCAGUCCGGAAUGUUUGGAGCGGGUGUAUAUUUCGCUGAGCACUCAUCCAAGAGCAACAACUACGCGUUUGGCAAUCACCAGCCUUGCUCGACGCACAAUAAUAAAAAGUGCAGCGAAUGCGUCCGCAAGAUUCUCAUAUGUAGGGUAGCCCUGGGCCGCAAGUACGAGACGACCCUGAGAACUGUGUCGUCGCUGCCCCAAGGGUAUCACUCGGUCAAGGCCAACCAAGGGGUGCGCCUCCAAUUCCCUGAAUACGUCAUCUAUGACGAUGAUCAGGUGUACCCUAGUUACCUGAUCGAGUACACGACCAACUACACCACUGCAGCUGCCUCAAGUAACGGGUGCCAAAUUAUGUGAUUAAAAAAAUUAAAUAAUUGUGAUCUUCCGCCGCAAAAUUUCUAAGGUUUUGAUAACCGUGAUGGUUGUAUUUAAUUAAGGAGAGUUGUGAUGAAUAAAAACAGAUUUUAAUAAAA